AUGGGCCUGGUAGGCGAAUCGUCAGCGAUGGCAUCAUCCACUAGCGUGGCUUCAACCGAUUCCUAUCCAAUCAACUUUCGUUCAUUCAGCACUGAUUUGAAGAGCGACGAAAUCGGUACAAAUAGAUCGGAACUGCCGCCAGACAUUGGAGUACAGCCGGACGCGCUUGAAACUGGAGAGGCUUGUGCCAGCCGUAUCGCGGCGUUAGGAAAGGUAAAAUGGGACAAAGAGCAGUUUGACACCCGGCGUCCGUACGAGCGGAAAAGCUACGACCGUUCGUACCGGCGGCUUCCGGGACACCUAGCCGAGUUCGAGGGGCUUGACGUGAAGCCUAGGAAAUGUGCGGUCACGGACACGUUCGCCAGGCGGACUCCGAUAGAGGAAGUGUUUCAUAAGCGCAACAUCAAGAGUGUUUGUGCCACCGAAGCACCGCGAAGUCUGGUGGAUUGCGUCGACGAUGUCAUUGUGGCGGAUAACGUGAGUUCAAGCGAAACUGAGACUGAGGAGGAGUGUGUCGAGUUGGAACAAGCCCCUGACAAGAGGGCUGUUUCGCGGGAGUGCUGCAAGACGUUCUUCCGAGCCAGAAGAACACUGCUACGGAGUGAGAUGUUUCAGGAAUACUUCAAUCGAGAGCCACCUCCUCCGAAGGAAGUGGACUCUGAUGACACGGAACAGACGUUGGACGUCGUUGCGUCGAGAGAUUCCCUUAGCCAAACCGAACAGGUGCAAUCUGAUUCGGUUCAACCCCGGCAGGUUAGAUCAAGUUCCAUUGGAUCAUACGAGCCACCCGCGAUUUUGCACAAAGAAAGUAAAGCUCCCGUCAUCAAGGCACAGGAGCUGUUCAUACAACGCAUGAGGGGGCGCUAUCUGCAAAGAUUCGAUCGGGUCCGUCAGAAGCUGGAAGAUGCCGAACGGGAACGCCAAAAGCCUCCCGUACCCUUCGAUGCGGAGCAGUACGAAGCGGACUAUCCGGCGCCUGAUAUCACGAACCAAGCUAAAGUUCACUAUCGCGAAUCGCUUCGCAAGCGUCUAGAGGAGUUGGAACUACUUCAACGGCGAUCUGUUCGCAAAUAUCCGGCAUCGGCCAAGCAGUUUGCGGCGUACAAGUUCCAGCUAAUGGAGGACCGGCGAAAGCUGCGUGAUGAAGCACUUCUUGUGGAAGAUUACCUCCGAAAUGCGAACACCCCGAAAGAACUCCCGCAGGCCCGACUCGAAGUUCGCCACUAUCGACUGGCUGAGUUUGGCGUCCAAUGGGACGAUGCGGAAGACACCGAGGACGAACGAGACCUGAAGGAGCAGCAGCAGCAGGACGAACCGCUGGUCUACCACACCUGCCUGACACGGGAAGAGUGGGGCCACUGGUUAGCGAGAAGUACCAAGAUCGAGAAGCUGAAGUUGCCGAAAGUCAACGUUCCUCGGCUUCCGGUGCUGGUGCACAAAAGCCACGAAAGCCCAAUCCGUGCCUACAUUCAUGGAAGACAGGAUAGUUACUCUGCUGUGGGUGAGCCCGAGCAGAGCCACCAACGGCUUGGUCAACCGCAAGAGAUUGCCAGUUCCAUUCGAACGCCCGCCUCUCAGCCAAAGGUUACGAUGCGUGACCUCCUGUUCGACCCAAUGGUCAAACCCGAGCCAGUGGAUUACAUUUCGUACAACAUAAACCUACGGCCAUAUUUGGAAAUCGCCGAGCAGCGCCAACAACGUCUCAAGGGACAGCGAAAGGGUCAACGGCAGCUACGCAAAAGCCGGAUGCAGUGGAUUGAGCAGCUCGUAGACGAAAUCUGUCACCGGAAACGGUGCUAG